AUGGCUCCCGCUUUGACAGAAUCCGUACCAGUGCCACAGAAGCUCUUUUCCUACGAUAAACCUUCUAAAGCUGCGUUCCCAGAUGGCAUCAAAACAAGUGGGCAAUGCCCGCCAAACUAUGAUCAGCUCGUCCCGUACGAGCAGUUCCCGAAAGAGAUUACGGGACCGACAGUGUGGAAGGCGGAGGAUUAUGAAAACAACCCUGAGCGAUGGGUGCAUCGAUUCAGCGAGGAAGAGAUCAAGGAGUUGAGUGACGCAGCCGAUGCCUUCAUGGCAUCAGGCACUCCCAUGACUGGAAUUACAAAGGAUAAAUUUCCACUCCCCGGUUUUGAGGCACACCUCACGGCGAUGCGUAACGAGAUCAUCAACGGAAAGGGUUUUAUUCUCUUCAAGGGGUUUCCCGUCAACGAAUGGGGCAACCACAAGAGUGCUGUGGCAUACAUGGGAUUGGGAACAUACAUUGGCUACUUUGUUUCUCAGAACGGCCUUGGCCACGUCCUCGGUCAUGUAAAAGACACUGGCGCCGACCCAACUCAGAUUGACAAAGUCCGCAUCUACCGCACCACUGCCCGCCAAUUUUUCCACACCGACGAUUGCGAUGUCGUCGGACUUCUCUGCAUCGCGCGAUCUCUCGAAGGCGGAGAGUCGGAUAUUGCAUCCUGUCACCAUGUCUUCAAUACUAUCCAACGAGAACACCCCGAUGUCGUGGAAACUCUCACACAACCGAUCUGGUACUUUGACCGCAAGGGUGAGGUCUCCGAGGGACAGGAGCCCUAUACCAGGCAGCCGAUCUUCUACAAGGAAACGACACCCAAUGGAAGAAUUUACACCAAAUUCGACCCUUACUUUGUAAAGUCCCUCUCGCGCUUCUCAGACGCUGGCACCAUCCCACCACUGUCGGAAGCACAGCUCAAGGCACUGCAAGUGCUGGAAGAUACAUGUUUGAGAUUGGCCUUGCACAUGGUGUUGGAAGUGGGCGAUAUUCAGUUCCUGGGCAACGGUCAUAUUCUGCACUCGAGAACUGCAUACAAGGACUAUGCGGAUAUGACAGGGAGGCCGAAAAGGCAUUUGAUGAGACUCUGGCUGGCUACGCCGGAGAGUGAAGGUGGAUGGAAGUUGCCGUUUCCUGAUUCGGGGCAUGCGAAGAGAGGUGGCAUUCAAGUGAAUGAUACGCCUCCCCGAGCUCCCACAGAUGCUGAGUAG